CCGGGCCGAGCCGAGCGGAGCCGCGGCUGGGUGAUGUCAGGCUCGAGGAGGAGCCUCCGCCUCCUGCCCUUUUACUUUCGGGCGCCGGCACUUGGCCGCAGGCUGCAGCUGCUGUCGGCCGUCCCUCCCUGCCCCUCCUUGCCCUCUCCGCUAUGGGCACCUCGCAGUUUUAAGAGCGGGGCGGCCGCCCUCUGCGCCGCCCCGCGGGGGGGCGGGGGGGGCACUGUGAAUUAAUUAAAAAUCGCUAUUUACGUGGUUAUUCAUUGCCCCGCUCUGGGCAUGUGAGCAACCACCGCCCCCCACCCCAGCGCCAUGCCGGCAGCCUGCACCCUGCUGCUGCUGCUGCUGCUGGGGCUGGUCCCGCCGGCCGGGUCAUUGCCCCUUGCUUCCCCACGGCGUCUUCCUCCUCCUCCUCCUCCGUCCCGAAGCCGCUUCGGCCGCUCUUGCUCGCCUCCCGCCGCGGGACACGCCGGCAGCCCGGUCAUUGAAAGCACUGGUCAGGCAAGAGGGUCGGACACGGAGAUAAGGACUUCUGGUGCUCUUGUGGAUGGUGUGGAACUAGCGACGAUGCUGGCCAGGAAUGGGGAACAGGCAUUGCUGCCUGCCGGCCUUGGUGGUGUGCUGGCAGCGAGUGAGGUCACAGGACACAUUGGUCCUCUCACCCGGCCAGGAGCAGGACCCUCAGCCAGCCCAUCUGCUGGGAUAACGACCCGCCCGCCCACCCAUGCCCAUCCUCCUGCUGCAGGAAGUCACCACCAUGCUGUGGGUAGUCGAGAGAGAGGCAAGAGGGCUUUGGCUUCUCCCAGCACUCCUGCUACUGCUGAGAGCACACCACUGCUUUUGGCAGCCAUCAGCACCAAUUCUGCUGAGACAACACUGGGCAGGCAUCACAGGGCCUGGGACAUGGUGGAGUUUGACAGCACAACGAGGACAGUGCUGCCCACUUCACCCACAGACACUCGUCACCCAGCCAUUGGAAGCAGCUACCAACCAUCCAGCGUCUUGGCCGCAGAGAGGAGAGGUUCGGAUUUCCCCACCACCAGCACCUCCAUUUCCACAACAGCCACCAAGGGUGGAGAGAGGACAUUAAGGUCUAUGCCAGCCAGCAGCAGGCUGGUCGAUGCAGCAGAGAUUUCCACCUCUGGUACUGAAAUCACCAGCGUUUCAGAUCAGACUUGGUCCUCUUUGGGAGCCCAGGGUGGUGGUGGUGGCAGAGGCGCCAAAGACCUGAUCCUCACAGGCUCGCCGGCUGCUCCAGAUAGCGCAUCCAUGACCUUCAGCAGCAAUUACGAACCCAAGAGCAUCCCAGCUGCAGAAGAGGUGACGCUGUACUUGGACACCCAUGGUGAUGACGUGCCCAGUGUGGCAGCAGGGGCACAGGCGUCCUCUGCAAACAGCCACACAGCCAGGGUUACAAGGGGCUCUGCCACCAGCACCAACCCUACCAGCGUUUUGGGUGAGACCUCCUUCCUGGGAGCCAGGACACACCAUCCUAACGGCUCACAGGAAGCCACUGAUCUCCCAACACCUGAGGAGCCUUCACUCACAAGCUCCCUCUCUGCCUCCGGAAGCACUUUGAGGGGUGUCAGAAGCAGCCACCGAGCAGUUAACAGCUUGACAACAAAGGAAAACUCCCUUGCUUCCUCUCCCAUGAGCACUUUCAUUUCAGCUAAGGCCACUGGCAGCAGCAGGAGGCCCCUGAGGUUUGCCACAGACAGCAGCGGAUGGGCAACAGAAGACUCCACAUCCAGCAGUAGCAUCUACAGGACUCUGGGCACUAUUCAGUCUUCAUCCCUGUCUUCUGUGAGAGAGACUUAUGGAGUUCAUGGGCCCAGAAGAAUGAUGGAUUUCACUGAGCAAGUGGCAGACCCUUCACUAACGCAUUCUGACUCUCCUCAGGAAGGUCCUUCCCAAGCUCCUAGAAGCAGCCAUGUUUCAUUCAGCACCCUGUCAAGAGAGAAAAGAACAGAUUACCCUACUACUGCUGCCUCCAUUUCCAUAACAACUGUAAAGGGUGGAGGGAGGACAUUAAGGUCUCUGCCGUCCAGCACCAGAUUGACCCAAACAACAGAGAUUUCCACCACUGGUACCAAAACUUUCAUCUCUCCAGACCAUACCUGGUCCUCUUCAGGAGCCCAAGGUAGUAGUGGCAGAGGUGCCACGGCAUUGUCCAUGAUGUCCACUGUGUUGCUCACAGGCUCACCACCUGCUUCAGAAAGUGCUUCCCCAGCAGAAAGGACCUCACCUAUGGGAGGACACCUGCCUGAUGUUCCUCUUACCAGUACACCCAGCUUGGUGGUAGCCAUCAGUGGUGGGGAGAGAAGCACAGUGCCUGCGUCAGACACCCAUGCAGCAUUCAGCCCUGCAGGGAGCUCCACUUCUGCUCCUUUCCACACCAGCUACUUGGAUGGGGUUUUUCUGCUGUCUUCAUCAGAGCCUGGAAGGCAGAGUCAUAUUUCACAGAGUGCUGCUGGCCUGAGUGAACUUUCAACAAGGCCACUUCCUGCAUUUUCUCCCAGCAUUUCAGUGCCUUCACCUUCACCAAGUGCUUCAGUUCCAGAGAGAGGAAGAAGAGUUUCUGGUGCUUCUACCGAGACCACAUAUAUCUCAACCACACUCUCUGGCCGCAAGGAGGGGGCAUCACAGCCUGCAGUUAACCAUGGUGUGUGGGGCACAGCAGCAGAAAGCCUCACGUCUUACCCAGAUACAGCCACAGAGCCUCGUACUGGCCCCCUCCUGUCCUCCACAGCAUGGCCUGGAGCAAGACAUGUCUGGUCCAGCCAAGCAGGGUACCCAGAGCCUAAGUUCACACUUUCAUCCAAGGUCUCCACCUACUUCUCAGCUGCCAGUGAACCUGCCACCAUGGGCAGAAUCCAUCACUCCCUAAGCAGCCAAAAUGUGGAGGAAGGGAUGUCCAGCCCCAUGACCGAUCCUGCGUACAGUUCAUCCUCGUCUGCUGGCAGCGUAGAGAGGACACUGCCGCCGGUGCUGGGCAGCACGCUGGCCGCUGGCGCAGAGAGCUCCGCAUCCCGCGCCGAAGCCGGCGGCGCUCCGAGGCCGGCUCAGGCAGCAGAGCGGGGCGGGACAGCCUCCGCCUCCGCCAGCAGCGGGGGCUCUGCGGGCUCUGUGACCGAGACGCUCUUCACACGCUCUCCCAAGGCACCCACCCGCUCUUCCUUCCGAAGCGAUCUCACAAGCUUUCCAAGUAGCCAUCAGCCAGUCAGUAGCAUCGAUGCUGAGAAAAGGACCUCAGUUUCUCAUACAGAUGGCACAUACAUUUCAACCACAUAUACCAGAGGAGGAGAAAGGACCCUCCUGUCCAUCUCAAAUAGCAGCACCUCUGCUGACUCUUCAGAAAGUUCCACCUUUUUUUCUGAAAUUUCCAGCCCUUCUGAUUCAUCAAAAUCUCCUGUGGCACAGGACAGAAGGAGCAAUAUAUCAAGCAAUGGCAGUUUUGUUGAACCAUCUACAAAGCCCUUGCUGGUACACUCUUCCAAACUGAUGACUUCAGCUUCUGCAGACAGCAUACAAAAUACAACUGUCUUCAGCACAGACUCUGAGAUGUUGACCACUGGCAGAUCAUCUCUAGGAUCAUCAGCAUUUCCAGCCUCUCCUUCACUGUCAUCACUGCAUCACUCAUUGUCAUCAACACCACCACCACUGAUGUUUACAACAUCAGAAUCAUCUGAGCCACUCUCAUCCUCUGUGAUGGCAUCUUCACCGCCUCUGCAGGCUUUGUCAUCCUCCUUGCCCACUUCCUCCUUACUUUCCCCAUCUUAUCCAUUAGUAUCUUUAUUGCCUCUAUUUUCGUCACCGCCAUCCAUCUCACAAUCCAAUAAUAAUGAUCAAGCAAGCACCCCUGUAGCUACGACUGUGGUCAGGAGGGUGCCCUCCACAGCCGCCGUGGCUGGAAGCUCACCCAGAGGGACCAACAAGCACAGUGUUACACAGCAGCCCCCAAACAGAACCAUCUUCACCUCCACUGAGUCUCCUUUCCCUACAGCACCCAUGGAGCAGCUGGGUGGACACAUUGCGACUCUGUCUGCUCCCACAGUGGCAGUUGAGACUGCCUCGCCGAGGGCUGCCACUGCCCGGGAAGGCAGCUUCGGGAGGGUGACACCCCUGCUCACCACAGCCAGUGAUACCUCACUGGCUGCUACAGACACGUCCCUUAGUGCCUCACCAACUGCAACAAACCACAGUGUCGUUGUCCCUGCAGUAGUACUGACCACGGUGAAGCCUCCUGUGCUGACAACACUGGCCACCACCCCAGGUGAUACUAGCACCGCAAAAGCCCGCGGAGCCGAAACGCCUGCUGCCACAGAGCACAUGUAUACCACUGGUGAAAGCACACAGGCCAUGGGUCCCACAACUGCAAGGCCUGGUAAAGUCACCGAGGAAAGCAUCCCUGUUACGAGUCCUAAAGCCCUUGCAACCAGCAAGACCACUGUGAGCACAGCAGCUACUUUGGCUGGUACCAAACCAACCACCAAUUCUCCACUGAGUAGCACAGCUGGGCUGAGGAUGUCGUCUCUGGCAACAGAUGUAGAUAAAUGUCUUUCCAAUCCUUGUCCUGCACUGGCCACCUGCAACAACACCCAUGGCUCCUAUGUCUGUCAGUGUCCUCUUGGAUAUGAGCUGGAAAGAGGAAAGUGCAAUUUAGUAAGAAUAUUUAUUGGCCAGGUCCCCCUGAAACUUAAUAUUACACAUGGGAAGUACACAGAACUCCUCCAUGUUGAGGAAGAAAUCCUGACAAUGCUCAAUGCAUCGCUGUCAGGCUUGCCAGGAUACCACCACUCCACAGUUAAGGCAACCAGGGAGGCAAAUUUUGUGCAUGUUUCAGUGCAAUCCACGUUCUCUUUAGCAUCCAACGUGACUUUCUAUGACGUUGUCAGCAGUGUGAAAAGUUACAUUCGAGCUUGCAAAUCCCCCACCGAUGCCUGCCAGCUCAUUUCCAGCCUCAGACCACUCCACAGAGUUGGCAGCUUGUGCAAGCAGAAAGACCCUGAGUGCGACAAGGAAACUUCUGAGUGCACCGACUUUGAUGGAGUAGCGCUGUGCCAGUGCAAAAGUGGAUACUUCAAAUACAACAAGAUGGACCACUCCUGCAGAGCCUGUGAAGAUGGAUAUAAGCUGGAAAACGAGACCUGCGUGAGCUGCCCGUUUGGCUUAGGUGGAUUCAACUGUGGAAACCCGUAUCAGCUCAUCACUGUGGUGAUUGCCGCUGCAGGAGGAGGACUUCUGCUCAUCAUGGGCAUAGCACUGAUUGUCACCUGCUGCCGGAAGAAUAAAAAUGACAUAAGUAAACUCAUUUUCAAGAGUGGGGACUUCCAGAUGUCACCGUACGCUGAAUACCCGAAGAACCCCCGGGCACAAGAGUGGGGCAGGGAGACCAUAGAGAUGCAGGAGAAUGGAAGCACCAAGAACCUGUUGCAGAUGACAGAUGUGUAUUAUUCGCCAACUGGACUGAGAAAUCCUGAACUGGAAAGAAAUGGACUUUAUCCUCCCUACACUGGUUUGCCAGGAUCUCGACAUUCGUGUAUCUACCCUGGACAAUACAAUCCAUCCUUCAUUAGUGAUGAAACCAGAAGAAGAGACUAUUUUUAGCAAAGAGUGGAGAGGGAAUGGAAGAUUGGCACACUUUUGUGGCCUGUCUCCCCCAGGUACAAUCUGUCUCCUGGACAGUCCAGCCCACAUCAAUCUAAUCUUCACUUUUAACAGGAAGGACUUUGAAUUUCAUGCCAAGCGUUAUUGACCUGAGGAGUGGUUACACUUGCUGAGCAGCAGAAAGGGAGGAGGAAGAGGAGGGAAUAUUUCAAAGUAAACAUCACUAAAAGACCCAGAUGGAAGUUAACACGUGUACUCCAGAUUUGUUCUGUGCUGCUUCUUCACUCUUUACGCUACGUGGCAAGCAUGGAUCAGUACAAGCAGAGGAACUGUGCUCAGCACUCUGCAUUGAAUGCCACUAGGGAGUGUUUUGUUUACAGAUCUUGUUUGCUGUUGACUGUGCUUGUCACCUUAGCCAGCCUUCAUGCCAAGAUUCACUGUGCAUCUGCUUUUGGUAGGGCAAGUUUGUCCACUUCUUUCACAUUGCUGUGUUGUUUUCUUUUUUGUACAUGACAGGAAAGCAGGCAUGUCGUCUGGCACCCACCUUCUUGCUGGUAGAAGUUCUUCAGAUGGGUGGGUCCUUGCUGCAGCCUGGUACCUGGUAAUGUUGGCUGAAUUCGUGAGUUAGUUAUCUCCAAGGAGCAUGGGAAAAUUAGUCAUACCACUGCAAUUUCAGCUGAAAAAAGACACAAUUGAUCCUAUGUGCUUUUUGCAAGAGUCUGAAUAUGUUGGUUUUUUUGUCAAUCUCCAUUAUUCAGUAAAGAUACCACUACUUGUCAUCUCAGGGCUUCCAUAUAGAAUAUUAUGAGGCUCUAUUUCCCUGCAGGGAUUUGAAUAUCUGUAGAAACAGCAAUAUAAUGUUAAAUAAUUGCUCACAAGAAAGAAGGUGGUGAGCUGGGAAUUCAGAUUAUUCCUUGCAAAGAAUCUGGGAACAAGCAAUAAUGCUAUAGCUCUGUCUGGGCAGGUGGAACCUGCCUCCACAGCCACCCCCUUGACUUCUCUAGGAGCUGUGAAGGCUUUCAGUACAUUGGAAAAUAAGGCUCCUGCAGUCAGUUGCAUUUACAGGAGCGAGAAAUGUUAUCCUUUCAACCCCAACGUACCAAAGGUCACAUAAGUUGAAGUGUUUUGCUUACUUCCGUCCUAGUUUUGAGGCAGGCUUUCUCGCCUAGCUGUGCUAACUGGUAUUAAUUAUCUUGACAAAAGCUCAAGUGUAUGAGUUACCACAUUUCUCAGCAAAGAUUACAUUGAAAGCUCUUAAAUGGUAUUCUGACCUGAGCUGGGCGUUGAAGGACACCUUAGUGAUGAAAUAUAUUUACAACUUAUCUUUACUGCAUUGUUAACUUGAAUCAUCCAAGAUAUGUAUUCUUCCCCUAAAUGUGAUUGCACUUUCAAUUCAAAGUGGCUGCUUGUAUGUAGCCAUUAAACCAACAUCUCUGUUGUGCACACAUAAACUACUUUUCCUGAAGGGCACAUACUCUCUGAUAUUCCCUCUCCCCUGCAGAGCUCAAAAAGACUCAGUGCCUACAAGUGGUUUAUGAGGUAGCUCAGCUCACUGAAGCACUAAGGACCACAGGAUGUGUCCCCCCAAAGUGCCUAACUCCAAAUGAGAACAGCAGUUCAGAUCCUGAUAUGUUGUGUGGUUGCUCCCCAGAGGUGAAUGUGGAAUGAUGAGGAGCCGGUGGUAGUACUUGUGUCCUACAGAUGCUGUGAGUCCCUCAAUCCUUUCCCAGUCACUUCAUAAGCUUUGUGUUCCCUAUCAAAAGUGAGCAGCAGCUUCCCAGAGGAAGGGGAGCUCGCACUAGGUAAUCAUCAGCUGCAUGUUCUAAGAGGUUUUUGGUCUCUGCUCAUACUUACUUCUGUUUUCUCAAAACUGUAAGGCAGGAAAGGUGCCACAAAUGUGUUUGAGGAGACAUAGUUUGGUGUACCAGCCAUAGCACACAAGAGUCAUUGUCUUUCUAUGCCUCACCCCUUCCCUACUGUGCAGAAAGCAAUGUGGGCUUGCAGAAAACCAGAUCUUUAGGGAUGCCUAGGGUAGUAUGCUUUGCACUUACAUGACCUUAUGGUGGCAAUGAAUGAAUCUUCAUGCCUGUCUGAUGUAUAAUCAGCCUUGCAGGUGGUAGUACACAACUUCUCCCAGCUGCAGGGAAAUAGUGAACAGAUGCUUAUGGGAAGUACAGCUGCCUAAGGAGCUAUAUUUCAUGAAAACUCUAGUUACAAAACUAGUUUAACAGGUAAAGUGCAAGAACUAGCUGUUCCCUGCCAUGCUGACCAGUAUUUCCAGUCCACCAAGGAUGUCUCCCUUUCGUUGGCAGGUAGUACCUUAAUCGGACAGGAUUCACUGGAUGAUGUGAACUAAGGGCUUGAGCCUGCUGUGCUGUGGGCACUGGCUGGGUUGUUUCUGUGUGAGUUGCCUCUGUUUGUGAGAAUACCUAGGACAGAAAGGAUUGCCUUUCCCAUGGUCUGGAAGAGGGUUUAAUCUGUACUAUGAAAGAAGUGUGAAACUGGGAUUCAUGCUAAAUCUAAGUUCAAAGCAUAUAUAGAUGAGCACUGGGCUCUACCUCUAUUGACUAAUGUAGCUUAGCAAAGUGACAAUGCUAGAACUUUACCACAUGCCAGCUUUUUUUGUCAGAUAGGGAAGAGUUUAGGCAUAUGCUCAUAGGCAAAUCUGUUUAAUUGCUUAGUUACUUAAAAACAUGGGUAAUGUUCCUCUGUGUGCCAAGUACAAAGUAGGAAAUACCAACUCACAAUUGCAGUUCAAUUUUUAGAUAUAAAAAGUAACAGGGACUGCAUGAAGAAAACUCCUGGUCUGUAUCUCAUGACAAAUUGCAGAUUGGAAAGUAUUUGAGUAGAAAAUAGACUGAACUGUUCAUAAUUGAGAUCACACAAAACUUUGCAAGUAACUGAUUUUGAUUUCUUGAUGAUCUUCAAACUCUUCUUAAUGUUGUAUAGGGAACUAAAGCAUCUCAAUAAGCCAGCAGGAUUUUCUGGGUGAGGACUUUGAAAUUUAGCAUUUUCCAAAGGAAACAACUUUAUCACACUCAAAUUUUCUCUCUUCCAGAGCAGGUAAACACUAAAGAAUUUCUUAUGAGAAUACGUCCACUGCAGCUUGACUUUCUUUUUAACUUUGGUAAGAAGGGAGUCCCAGAGUGAAUGCAUAGCUCAGAGGAAAGGAGGGUCUCUCCUAACCUGCAUCACCACCUCUGGGACUUCUAGGAGACCCGACUCAUCAAGCAGAGACAUAGGCAGGUGCCAGUACUGGGAUAAGUACAGGUGCUUUCCCACACGGUGAUCCGGGAAGUAUUUUCAGUGUUGACUGAUGCAGCUGGGGUGAUUCAGAUUUUAUCAACUCAGUCACUCCCUAUGCUGUGAUGCUCUGCUGUUCACCCAAGCCCCACCAGUUCCCAGCUCUACUUGGUCAGAAGGCGUAAGUGCAGUGCAGUGUGUUCUGCCACAGUUAUGACAGUUACUUUACUGCAGUUAUUUAUAUCCACGUCAGCAGUUCUGUUAUGACAGUUACUUUACUGCAGUUAUUUAUAUCCACUUGUCAGCAUUUCUGGGCUUGCCCAGCCACAGCAGGUGUGAGACUUACUUCCGUGCAGCUCACCUUCCUUAAAGCUCCUGCUGGAAUCGUCUCUGCUUUCAUCUCUGCCAUAAACGUAACACCGCUGGCAGCGCAGUGGGGUUUGUCACUCCCGUUAGGUGUGAGAGGGGUCUUCACAUACCUUCAAACCCACUUUGAAAUGUGGAUGCCUCUCUGGUCAGUACCUAACUUGCAGUAAAAUGUCUGAACAAAUACAUCUUAUUUGUAAGACUAUUUACAUUACUUGUAGCUACCAGAAACUGCAAAUUUUGACCACACUGGAUGCUUUUGCCAGGUGGAAUUGCUCUCCACUAUCCAUGACUAUAAGAUGGAAGUGGCAUGUUUCUUAUAAGGAGAAUGCAAGUAGUUCAGCCAGAUGUGGGAAAAGGAAGGGAAACUACACCUAUGCUGCACUUCCAGAAAUCUGCCCUUGCUUCUGGCUGCUUUGGAAAGCUAGGGGAGCAGUCAGCAAAGGCAGUUUUGUAUGGCUGUAUUUUUUUAUUAACUUUGGAAAAAAUGCUACCUUUGUUGCUUGCUGGGAAAAGAUGUGGGAAGCACAUGCUUGCUCUUACACUGCUCUGCUGACUGUGCUGCCAAAAGCCCUUCACCCACAGAAAUGCUCCUGACAGCCAGUCUAAGAGGCAGCCUCGGUGAACAGAGCAGCAAAAGACAGACUUGAGGGAUUGUUCAAAAGAGAAGCUCAUACGUGCAGCCUUCCAGCAUCCCUACUGUACACCACUGCUCUAGUGGCCACCUCUCCCAGCUACACUGCAAAAAUCAGGGGCCUUUUGCAUGCUGUUGAAACAUCACAGACUGAAUUGAGCUUUAUAAGGGAAAAACAGGACUGGGGCAUUUUAAUGUCUUUUGUCCCCCACAUUUAGAGCAUUAGGUAGCACAAUGAAUGCAGUAUGGUCAUGUACUGAGUCAACCUUUGUGAAAGGUAUUUGCCUCCAUAUUAAGUGGUAGUAAAAGUCUUUAAAAAUAGCAAUGAAAUUGCAGUUAGAGAGAGGCUUUUGACAUUGUGAAAUUGUUUCUGCCAAUACUUGGUAAAGGUUUUUUUGCUAGGAACCAAGAGAGCAGCAGACUGGGUUUGGACACGGCUACAAAUGCGCCAGUUGCGGCCCCAGGACUUGCCUCUAAUGCUACGCAAUAGCCGUCUGUGUUCAAAAUCCAGCUGGACUUCUGAUUCCCUCAUAGUGAUGUUUAGUCUUUAGUUUUCUUCCUUAAAUUGGCAAGAACAGAUGCAUUUUACUUAAAUGCCCUUCCUGUGCUGGCUAAUGUUUUUUCCUCUUUACACACACCCAUUGUAGUGACUGGGGUAACUCACCCAUGGACUCUAAUGACUUUUUUUUAGGCCUGAAUUAUUCCACCACCAAGGUCAUCUGUACUUGCUUUCCAAUGGCUCUGUGUUCUGUCUGCUUUUGUGAUACCAUUGCUGCCUUUCCAUUUUGUAUUUAUUGUUUUAAAGCAUUCUUUCUUACUGUAACAGGACCUGUAUUAUGUGAGAUUGAACAAAGCAGGUUCAAGACAACUUUCCUGAGGAGAGAAUCAAUGUGAAUUUUGAAUAGCUGUUUUACUGAUCAGCCAGCCUGUUUCCUGUCAUAUAAGAUCUUGGGACUUAGAGAUGCUUUCUGCAGCCACAGAUAAGAAAUACUCUUCAAUUCACUCUUAUUUGGUGUCGCCUAGUUUCAUAAGGGGUAUCCACUAUAUGCUUGUAAGGUUUUUGGGAGCUUUGCAAUGUGUAUUAAAUCUUCAUUCUUUUGAACUCCUGAAAUUGGAAAGCAGGACAGAAAUGCACGAAGGGAUAGUAAACAAACAAAGAGAGAAAAAAGGAAAGUAAUAUGUUUACUUGUUUUGCAGAAGUAAACAUCUACAGUGUGUGGCUUCUGGGAGGUGGUGGAGUCACCGUCCCUGGAGCUGUUCAAGGCAAGAUUGGACAUGGCACUUGGUGCCAUGGUCUAGCCUUGAGCUCUGUGGUAAAGGGUUGGACUUGAUGAUCUGUGAGGUCUCUUCCAACCUUGAUGAUACUGUGAUACUGUGUGAUACUGUGUAUUAUGAGAUGACACUUCUGUGUAUGGUUUGUGCUGUGUGUGUAAUGUCCCCAUUGAGGGAAAACCAAGAGAGGGUGUCUGAUGUUCCUCAAAAGUAGUAUGGAAAUGCAGAGUCCCUCGGUCUUUAUUCUGGUAAAAUACUAGAAGAGAUGGGAGUCUCAUUUGGGUUAAUGACUGCAGCAAGCCUCCCCUAGAUCUGCAAAGUCCUGUGGAAUACAGUAAAAGCUAAUCACUUCCUUCGAAGAGUGACAUAGAAUUCACUUAACAUAAAAAAAGUCUCCAAUAAAAUCUGCUAGGGUGGGUUUACAUUAAAGAAAACAAAAACCCCACAAAGAAAUACUUAAUAGUUUCCUUUUAAAAAGAAAUUCUGUAAAACUCAGCCAUUUGUUUCAAGUCCCUACAGGACUUUGUUCUGACAGAAGGCCAAACUCUGUGUGUAAAAUCGUAAUGAUUUCUUUGAUCAGCUUGCAGAAGUGAAGUAGUAAAUCUCACCUUUUGUGAGCUCUCUUUCAGAAAUAGAUGUAUCAGCAUCUGUUUGUGCUCCUUUUAUCAACCUGAAUGUAAACCUGCUUUAUGUUCUUUUACAUUGCUCUGUUCCCUUAUCUCUGAGUGUUUGCUUCCAACUCACUGGGUUCUGAGAACAUCUUCCAAGCCAGUAUUAUUUAAAGUUGUAUCAUAUUUUCAGCCUCCACUAAUUACACAGUACUGUAGUAGCAAAAAUAUAAUUUUUAAGGAUUGGAUUAUUUUUAUACCAGCAUCCAAUAUUACGAAACCUGGCGUUCUAGUCAGUAUUAUAAAAGGAUACAAUAAAACUAUGGAUAUCA